GCACCUCGGAUCCUGGCUGUUUGUAACAGCUGCUGACGUUCCUCCGGCACAGGGGAGCUUGGCUGGAACGGAAAAUGUCCAGAGCUGGAACCAAGGUCACCUUCUAUGAAGACAAGAACUUCCUGGGCCGUUACUACGAGUGUGACAGCGACUGCCCCGAUUUCCACAGCUACCUGAGCCGCUGCAACUCCAUCCGUGUGGAUGGAGGCACCUGGGUGGCCUACGAGAGGCCCAACUAUGCUGGGAACAUGUAUGUGCUGACCCACGGGGAGUACCCCGACUACCACCACUGGAUGGGCCUCAACGACCGCCUGGGCUCCUGCAAGUACAUCCAGAUCCCAAGUGGAGGCCGAAGCCACAUCCAGGUGUUUGAGAAGGGAGAUUUUGGCGGGCAGAUGUUCGAAGCCACCGAAGACUGCCCCUCCAUCAUGGAGGAGUGGCACAUGCGUGAGGUGCACGCCUGCAGGGUGCUGGAGGGCGUCUGGGUGUUCUACGAGCAUCCCAACUACCGGGGCCGGCAGUACGUGCUGCCCAAGGGGGAGUACCGCAAGCCCGUGGAGUGGGGCGCGGCCAGCCCCGCCGUCCAGUCCUUCCGCAGCAUCUCCGAGUGAGCCAGCCCCGUGGA